AAUUAUUAACCCCAAACACAUAGUGCGGUCUGGCUGUGGUAUCACAGCCAUAUUACCCUCGGUAACGUCACGCAACAUACAUAAACACUUCCAACUGCUUAAUAACCGAGCGUGAGGGCCGUACUGGGGAAAUUUGGCUCGAGGUCGUGGCAGAGCGAACAGAGCACCGAAGGCCAAUGUUUCCCAGCACAGCUUAAGCAAACAAGUAUGAGAGAGACGGUUAUCUUGUCGUAGAGGACGUUUUUGAUGCUGCCAAAGUCAAAGAGCUUUCUGAUGCCGCAGAUGAUUUUGUUAAAAGAAGCGCCACUAUGACCAACUCAGAUAAAAGUUUCCAUCUUGAGUGGAGAGACAACUCAUUCAAGCCUACUUUAAAACGAGUUUCACUUCCUUCCGCCAUUAACCCAUUAUUUGAGGAAAUACACCGCGACAAGAAACUAUUAGACAUUGUUUGUGAUUUGAUUGGUCCUUCCGUCCGUUACAACCAGCACGACGCCCUAUUCUUCAACUUUCCACAAGGUGGCAGUUUUCCGAUCAAAUGGCACCAGGAUUGGACUUUUUGGCCUCACACAAAUAAAGACCUUGUGAUGGGCUUCCUUUCAAUUGAUGACUCUAGCAGAGAAAAUGGUUGUCUACAAGUCAUACCGGGAAGUCAUAAGGGUCCUUUUUAUAAUCACUUCAUCGAAGACAAGUUUGCCUCUGAGAUCAACGACCCGACGUUUGAUCCCAGUCAAGCUGUUUAUGUGGAGGUUCCCGCGGGUGGAAUUUCGUUUCAUCAUCCAUUCACUGUGCAUGGUGCUGCCGCCAACCAAUCAGAUCGAUCGAAGCGUUACUUUGCGUUAUCUUUCACCGCCACAGAUGCGUGGCCUCUCAUCGGUGUUGUGGGCAAGGAGGAACAACUCUGGGGCCCAGUAGACUGGGACCGAUAUUGUUCGACUGUGGUCCGAGGUAAAGCAAGCAGAUUUCCCCGGAUGGAAGCAAUUCCAGUGUCACUUCCGGUUCCGUUUUCUACCGAAAGUAUUGCCCCUUUCUUCGCGCGCGAAAGUAAAUCGAUCCACGGCAACCCAAAAAAUUAGGGGAAGAAAUAGCAUUUUCUGAAAAUCGUGGACACUUUAUUAAAACUUUUCAUCAAAAGAGUUGAAUAAAGAAUAGUCAAACUAUGCAAUCA